UCUACACCAUGCUCUGGCUUCCCCAAUUAAAAUCAAAGCUAAUGUUUGCAGAGUAAAAGACUGAGAAUGGCGCUUCUUUCACGAGAAGCCUCACGAGUUGACGUGCGUGUGUCGAAUGUCGACCUUUCCGAGCUCUCAGCCAUGGCCCGGCGAGGCAAUCCGAGUGUCGUGCCAAAGGUGGACGGCAUGCGCGUGGUGGAGCGGCGGAGCACGGAGCUGAAGCGCCUUGCGAAGCAGUUCAGUGGUGUUGUGGCGCGGCCGUCCCGCUUCCAGGACGAGGCGACCCGGUCUUGGCUGGAGCCAGGCUUUGUGCCCACGCAGCAGCGCUGGAGCGCUCGCCUGGAGCGGGACGUUUCGGCAGUUUGCGGCGAGGCGGGACUCACGGCCGCCACCACGGCCGCCGUCGUGCGCGCCGCGUCCACAGGCGUCAUCUCGCAGAACCCUGGCGUGCUGCUGUCGCGCCUGCUCACCUUCAACGACUGCCUGUCAGAGCCGCUGGGCGGCCGCCGCGGCGUGCUGUCCGUGCUGCGCAAGGCCCCCUCGCUGCUUCGCUACUCGCCUGAGUCGCUGCGCUGGAACGCGGACAUGCUGGCGGCGCUGCUGCCGGAGGGCGCGGUGGGCGCGGUGCUGGGGCGCGCGCCCAUGCUGCUGCCCUGCAACGCUAUGACGCUGUGGGGCAACUUCGAGGGGCUGCGCACGAUGCUGGGGCUGGACGCCGAGGCCGCGCUGAAGCUGGUGGUGCGCGCGCCGCGGCUGCUACACAACACGCGCGGCGCGCUGGAGGGGCGGCUGGAAGACCUGGCAGUGCUGGCCGGCCUCAUGCCGCCGCCGCCGCCACCACUACCACCCACGCUGCUGCCGGGCACAGGCGGCGCAACGGCAGAACCAGCAGCUAGCAGCAGCAGCAUUGGUGCAGGUGUGGUUGGGAUGCGGCGGGCGCAGGUGGCGGAGGCGGAGGCGGAGCGCGCGGCCGCGCGCGCGCGGGUGGCGGCGGUGGUGGCCCGGCAGCCGAGCCUGUUGGGCUACUUUCCUGCCACGCUGGAGCGCAACCUGCGCGGCCUGGCGGAGGCGCUGGGCGUGCCGCUAGGCCGCGUGCAGCCGCUGCUGCUCAAGUACCCGCCCGUGGCCAUGCUGGCGGCGGACGGCGUGGCGGAGCGGCUGGCGGGGCUGCGGGCGGCGGCACGCGGCGCGCUGGACGACCCCACGGACCUGGCGGCGGUGCUGCUGCGGCAGCCCAGCCUGCUGGCCAUCAAGCCGGAGGCGCUGCUGAGCAAGAUCCUGGUGAUUGAGCGGCUGCUGCGGCUGGAGGGGCAGCCGGAUGCGCUGCGGGCGGUGCUGCGCGGCGCGCCGCAGCUCAUGACGCUGUCGUCUGAGCGGCUGGAGUGCAAGGCGGUGGCGCUGGCGGAGGCCGUGGCGCCCUCGUGCGGCCUGUCCGCCCAGCUGGCGCGCGCCACGCCGCUGCGCCGGGCGCUGUGGCUGUGCUUCAGCGAGGCAAGGUACCGCAACGUGCGCGUCGCGGCGGAGGCGGAGGCACACCUGGAGGCGGAGGAGGUGGCGCAGCAGCAGCAGCACCAGGCUGCGGCGGCUGCGGUAGGACUGGAGACAGUCGCGCCAGCCUACGGAGGGAGAGAGGUGGCGCCAGGGCGGCACAAAGCUGCGGCAGGGCCAGGGGCGCAGGAGCAGCAGCAGAGCGAUGGGGUGGCGACGAUGGGUGCCUGUUCACUUUCGGCAGUGGAGCUAACGAGUGCAGUCGCGCCGGCGAAGCGGCGGAGAGGGCGCAACAAGACGACUGCGGCCGCUGCUGAGCCCGAUGCCGCGGCCGUGGCCAGCAGUGCGCGCGAGCAUGCGCUGUACGUGCUGGCCCACCGGCGGCGGCCGCAGCUGUACAAGCUGUUGCAGGAGGGCAGCAGCGCAACCGCGAGUUCGGGCGAGGACGUGCUGGAGGAGGAGGUGGAGGCGGCGGUAAAAGUCCCACAGGCGGUGCAGGAGGGCGCGGAUGACUGCGGCGGGCCAAGGGCCAAGGGGCAAGCAAAGACAGCGACACGAAGGCGGCCUGGGCGACCAGCACGUGCGUCGAGCUAGCCACACAGUACCUUAAACUGUAUAUAUACGCCA